AUGGUGCAAAAAUAUCAAUCACCGGUACGUGUUUAUCGUUAUCCAUUUGAACUCGUUAUGGCUGCAUAUGAAAAACGUUUUCCAACAUGUCCAAUGAUACCUGUUUUUCUUGGAUCUGACAUAACAUCAGAAUUUCAUAGUGAAGAUGGAGCUGAAGAUAUAAUUGAACGACGUUGUCGAUUAAAUAUAGAUGCACCAUAUUUACUUAAAAAGAUUGUCAAUGUUGAUCAUGUGAUAUUUCUUCAAAAAAAUCAUCUAGAUCGUCGACAACGUACAUUACGUAUUGAUGCAUGCAAUGAAAGUUUUUCAUCACGUUUAACCAUAAAAGAAUUUUGUCAUUAUUAUGUUCAUCCUGAUAAUAAUUUAUGGACUUGUUUCGAACAAAGUGCAUUUCUUGAUAUAAAAUCAUUUUUUGGUUUUGAAGCAAGUGUUGAAAAAAUAGCGAUGAAACAAUACUCAGCUAAUUUAGCGAAGGGAAAAGAAAUUAUUGAAUAUUAUAUAAAUGAAUUAAUGAAUGAUGGUAUAACAAGUGUUCCUAUAUGGACAGAACCAUUAUCAGCAACACCAAAAAAUUCCACACAAGAUAAUACAAAUUCUCUUAGUGAAGAUCCAUCAUUAAUAGCUGCACGUCGAAGAUUAUCAUCACAAGAUGCAUCAAAUAUAUUUACAUCUUCAUCCCCACCAAAAGCAUCGGCAUUAGGUGCAACAGCAGCAGCAAAUUUUUCUGCUCUAUCUGAUGAACUUGAAACAUUUCAAAUAGAUGAAAAUUUACAAGAAAGACAAACUGUUGGAAAUAUUGAUGAUGAAUAUAUACGUCGUUAUGUUGGACAAUUAGAUCCAUUUGAAGAAAGUUGUCUUGUACAACUUCGAAAAUGGGUUGCAGAAACACAUAAAGGAAAAUUACCAAAUGAUUCUCAUCUCUUACGAUUUCUUCGUGCUCGAAGAUUUGAUAUUGAAAAAGCACGAGAAAGUGUUUGUCAUUCAUUAGCUUGGCGUAAAAAAAAUUCUAUUGAUCGUUUAUUGAUGGAUUAUGAAACUCCGGAAAUAAUUCAACGGUAUUUUCCCGGUGCUUGGGGUGGAAAUGAUCGUGAUGGUCGACCAAUCUAUAUUUUACGAAUCGGAGAUAUUGAUGUUCGAGGUAUUAUGAAAGCAGUACAUGGUGAAGAUGUAUGGAUUAGACAUGUCCUAUAUCUUGUGGAACAGGGUUUAAAUAAAUGUGAAGAGAAUACCAAAAUAUUUGGUAAACCAAUCAGUUCUGUAUGUGUUAUACUUGAUUUCGAGAAUUUUAGUGUUAAACAUCUUUAUCGACCUGUUUUUCGAGUUAUAUCACAAAUAACUGAUACUGUUGAAGCUAAUUAUCCUGAAACACUCGGACGAUUAUUUUUAACACGUUGUCCUCGACUUAUACCAGUUCUAUGGACAAUAAUCAAUACAUUUGUUGAAGAACAAACAAGAGCAAAAUUUGCUAUACUUAAAACUGACGAGCUUAAUGAAUAUGUUGAUGAAAUAAACAUUCCUGAUUUUCUUGGUGGUCAAAUGCCUUUUCAAGGGUCAUCAGGUGGAACAGUUCCACGUUCACUUUAUCUCCAUGAAGAUGAACAUGAUAAAACUGAUGGUGAAAGUUCAUUAUUUGGUGAUAAUGCUUAUAAAGUUGUUUCAAUAAAAGAAAACUGCGCACAUGAGAUUCUUAUACCAGUAUCACAAAAAGGUGAAAGAAUUUGGUAUGAUUUUGAUCUAUUAAAAUCUGAAUGUACAUUUACAAUUUAUCGUCUGGGAAAAAUCAAAACUAGUGAACAUAAUGAUAAUGAAGAUAAUUUACGUCCAUCAUCACCUACACAAAAAUUAAAUUCAACAUUACAUGCAACAACAAUUUAUGAUAAACCAUUAAUUGAAUCUACAACAGAUGAUAUUGUACGUUUAACUCAACCAUGUAUUUAUCAUGAUGGAGAUUCAGUACAACAAACAUUUGUUUGUCAACAACCAGGAAAUUAUGUUUUACAAUGGCGUCAUUCAACAAGUCAUCAUACAGCAAGUCCAUUUGAUUUUAUUAGUGGAAGUCAUAAAACAAAAAUCAUGUAUCAUUAUGAACGGCAAUCACCUGCUAGAUUAUCAACUGAUAUAUCAUCAAACGGAUAUUUCAAUAAUGAACAGCGAACAACAUUGACUUCAUCUUAA